CAAAUUUGAAGCAUAAAUUUUGUCUUGUAUUGUUGACCUUAUAUUAUAUUUCAUUUUCCACUGCAUUUAUACAACUAUACAUUAAUAAGUAAUGUCUAAAUUAAGCGCUUUAACUUUCACUCGAAACACUGGUGCCAAACAUACUGCCACUGUUAUAUUUUUCCAUGGAUCAGGGGCAAAUGGAGAGCACAUGCAAGAAUGGGUAAAUUUAAUGACGAAAAACUUCAAAUUUCCACAGAUUAAAGUGAUUUAUCCAACAGCACCGUUACAGCCUUACACUCCAGCUGGUGGUCAACCAAGUAAUGUAUGGUUUGAUAGAGCGGACAUCAACCAAAGUGUUGCAGAGAAGUUGGAUUCAGUGGAAAGAAUGGGAAUGCAAGUUAAAGAAUUAAUUAAAAGUGAAGUUGAUGGUGGCAUUCCUAUCAAUAGAAUUAUUGUUGGUGGAUUCUCUAUGGGCGGAGCACUUUCAUUGUACACGGGCUACAGGUGGGAGCGCAACUUGGCUGGUGUGUUUGCAUUCAGCUCCUUUCUAAACAACCAAUCCGUUGUGUAUCAAGACCUCAGUAAAAAUUCAGGGAUAAAAUUGCCACCACUACUUCAGAUUCAUGGUGACAAUGAUGAUUUAGUGGAUCUGACCUGGGGAAGAAAUACAUACAAUGAAUUGAAGAAAUAUGGUGUCAAUGGAGAGUUUCAUGUAAUGCCUAAAUUAGGACAUUCUAUAAACAAGAGAGGAAUGAACAUAAUUAGUGAUUGGAUUGUUAAUCUACUACCUGAUGUAUGACAAGUUGUUAAAAUAUCUGUUAGGAAUUAUAAAUAGGAAAGCUAAGCCCAAAGAGUGGUAAUCUCGAUAGAUUAGUUGUAUAUUAAACAAUCCAAAACUAAACUUUGUGGUGAUUUUCGUUGGAAAAUAUGUGGAUGUGUAUGUAGUUGGUGUAUAUGGUUGAUAUUAUGAAUUGUGGCAAACAAUACCAAUAAGUAGAAAUAGAACAGUUUUAUGGGAAGUUUGGUGUAACACUAAUACCAGAUCGGCAACCACUAUGAUUCCUAAAUCCCAAAAGUUAUCCUAAAAGACAUGUUAAAAAUACUUUCUAGUUUUAAAUAACUUAUAGUUUUUACUUGAUAACGCACACAGUUUUUCCUUUAAUAUUAAAUACACAGAUUAGUAUACAUUGUUGAAUAUAAUUAGUUUAGUACCA